ACCGAAUAUGUUAUGUCCUUUCUAAUGGGACUUCAUGAGUCAUAUGCUCAAAUCAGGGGACAGCUUCUGUUAAUGGAUCCUAUUCCUUCCAUUAACAAGGUUUUUGCAUUGGUUUCUCAAGAAGAAAAUCAAAGAAAAAUCAGUAUAAUGAAUGAUCCAUCCGGAACUACUGAAUCUAUGGCAUUUUAUGCUCAAAAGGACACUAAAAGAAUAACUCAUAGUGAUGCCAGGGAAACCUUGACACAUCAAUAUGGUAGACCUCAAAAGAAAGAAAGACCACUUUGCUCUUAUUGUGGAUACAGUAGACAUGAUGUGAAUAAGUGUUAUAAACUCCACGGCUAUCCACCGGGGUAUAAACCAAAGCAGAAAGCUGGGAUAAACAUCCAAAAUAAUUCAGGCAAUCAGGCAAAUUGUGCAAUAGUUAAUCAGAUUUUUGAACCUGUUGAUGUCAUAAAUCAAGCACAAACUAGUGAUGGGGAUAUUGGGAGAUUUGUCCAGACACUUAACCCAGUUCAAUACCAACAAUUGAUGAAUGUGCUGAAUACUCAUCUCCAGGCAACAAAGUUAAAUUCUGAGAUGAGUGUCAAUUCUGGUGCCAAUUCUGGUAAGGCUUCAGGAUCUGAUCACUUUGAAGAUGAUUGGCAAGGGUCAAAAGAAGGCAGACCUUUAUGUCAUUGACUCCAGCUCAUCAUUUUCAACCAGUU